AUGCUCAGAGGUCGCGUUUAUGAUCAGAAGAAGGCAAUGAUCAACCUAUUCGACCUCAGUGCUGGGAUGUCUAGCACGAACGUGCUCACAGAUCGAGCUCGUACAGAUGGUUCUCCAGCAUGUAGAAACAAGCAAGUUGGCAAGAGAACAGUUGAUUCUGCUAAAGUUUAUGCCAAUGAUAAAGUAGGAGCUAGUAACUGGAGCUCAUCAAGAAAUAAAUCAAAUGCAUCUCCAUUGAAUGUGGCAUUAGAAAAGGAGAUGUCCAAGGAAUUGGAGUCAAAGAAGAAGUCACCAAGUGUGGUUGCCAGAUUAAUGGGACUUGAAGAAGAUCUACCUGGUCAAGAACCAGCAUUACAUUCUGCUAAAAGAAAUGUGAAGAAAAGACACUUAAAUGGGAAUUUGAUCGAAACAAACAAUCUCCAUCAACAUCAAGAGCAGUACCAUUCCAGUAUGACAACAUGCGACAAACCCAUAGGACCCAAAGAAACAGUUGAAUUUAAGGAUGUUUAUGAAGUCAGUGAAGAACCAUUGAGAACAUACCAUCUUCAGGACCAAACUUUUCCUAGGGAAAUGUCUUCCAGGAGCAAGAGGGACAUACGGAUGGAAAUUGUUCGUCAGAAGUUCAAGGAAGCAAAGCGUCUUGCUACAAAUGAGAAACUCCUCCAUUCAAAGGAGUUUCAAGAAGCUGUUGAGGUUCUAAGUUCUAAUAGAGAUUUGUUUCUUAAGUUUCUUGAGGAACCAAACUCUACUUUCUCAAAGCAGCUACCUGGACUUCACAGAAGCCCAUCACCACCUCAGACAAAGUGUAUUACUGUGUUGAAACCAACUAAAUUUGUUGAGAGUGAAUGCAGAAGGGAAAUCAGAACACACAGAAUAAAUGAAGAAAAUGAACAUGUGAUGCGGAGGACACACCGGAGAUCUCAUUCAGCAGAAGUUACCUUAUCCCAGCCAACUAGGAUAGUGGUCCUGAAGCCUAGUCCUGGCAAGCCUAGUAGAACAAUGGCCAGGCUAACACCCCAAGCAACCCCAGCUCGGUUGACUGAGCAGAUAGAUUUUUAUGGAGGUUUAGAAGAUGAUAAUUACCCACCAGAAGGUCUACAUCGGCGGGAUGAGUCUUUAUUAUCUUCUGUAUACUCAAAUGGCUAUGGUGGAGAUGAAAGCUCUUUCAGCAGAUCAGAAGUUGAUUACAUUGAUGAAGAAGAUGGUAACCUAAGUGACUCGGAGAUCGUUAGCCCAGUAUCGCGGCAUUCAUGGGAUCACUUCAAAAGAUACAACAGUCCUUACUCAGGCUCAACUUUUAGCAGAACAUCACGGUCGCCUGAGUCAUCUGUGAUCAGGGAAGCUAAAAAACGGCUUUCAGAAAGAUGGGCGUCAGUAGCAUAUAAUGAGAUCAACCAAGAAAAGAUGCAAUUACCAAGAAGCUCAAGCACUUUGGGAGAAAUGCUUUCCCUUCGAGGAGUCAAGAAAGACGUUGGUGGUAUGUGUUCUGUUUCAAGUGGUCGGCCAUGUGAUGCAGAGAAUGAGAUGACCCUGCAAGCUACGUGUAUAACUGCUCUUAGAGAGAAUGAAGGAGAUGGGCAGAGCUCUCCGAAGACUUUAGCAAGAUCAAAAUCUGUCCCAGUGUCAUCGUCCAUGUUUGAUAACAUAGCACCAAAUGCCCCAUCAUCCAAUUGUGAAGGCUGUAAAACACCAAACUUGGCUACAAGGUCAGAUAAAGCAAAGUCAUCAUUCAAAGGGAUAGUUUCGAGUUUUUUCUUCCCUAAAAGUAAAAGGCAGUCAAAAGAGAAAAUCAUCGUAUCUUCUAGCUCUGAUGGGAAAGUUGAAGUCACUUGUUUUGGCAGCAUGAAACCACAGGGUGGUCAUAAUAUUGGUUCUAUGCCAUUUUGUGAGGACAAAGAUGAUAGUUCUACUACUCAAACAAUAUGUUCUUCAAAAGAUAUUGUUUCUAUUGAAGUACCUAUUUCUUCCGCCUGUCCAAGUGAACAUCUUGAUGGAUUUAGAUCAGGUGGUCUGAAUGGUAGCUGUGAUAAGCCUAGUCCUACUUCAGUUCUUGAUGUAUCAUUUGAAGAUAGCAACAUUAAUGGAUCGGAAUCAUCAAGAAGCAUUCCUUGUAGCAAUGAGAGAAUUGCCUUACGAUCUGAUGCAAUUGAAUCUGUCACACGCUCAUUAUCAUGGGAGGAUAUGAGUUCACCUUCACCUUUACUUGAUUUGACAAACUUAACCCCUCUCUCGAGCGUGGACAAUGAUGAACUUGAAUGUGUUGCCUUUGUACAAAAGAUUGUAUCAUCUGCUGGGUUAGGCGAUCUGCAGUUGGGUAUGGCCUUCACAGGCUGGUACUUGCCUGAUUGCCCUCUAGACCCUGCAUUGUGUGACAAGUUAUUGGACCGGAAGGAGGAGGCUGCUAAGUCAAGGGAACGAAGGUCGAACCAAAAGCUUCUUUUUGAUUACGUGAAUAUGGCACUAGUUGAGAUUGGCCAUGACACCGUACUAUGCGCCUAUCCCUGGAGGCAAGGGCAAGCGCGCUCAAUGGCCUGGAAGGAGACCCUUUCUCAAUCUUUGGUGGAAGAAGUACCACAGCAUAUGAGGGAUUGGCUCUAUGGAUUAGGAAAGUUUGCAAUAAAUGAGAACGACGAUGUUGGAACAAUACUGGAAAGAAUUAUGCAGCAGGAGGUGGAAGGAAGAGGUUGGGUGAAGUCUAUGAUGAGAUGGGAAGUGGAUGAGAUCACGGAGCAGAUUGCAGGAAAGGUGCUGGAGGAACUAGUAGAAGAAGCCGCGGAUGAUCUCGGAAUUUGUUCUCCGUCACCAGAAAUGCCAAUGACAAUACCAAAUCUGUAG